AUGCCAGACCCAGAUAUGGCCUCCAACGACCCUGGUCCCGCUGACCUCCUCACCAAUGAAGGUGGCAAUCGAGCUGAGCGCAAGGACCAGGAUGAUGCCGCUUUGCUGCGAACAAUGGGCUAUAAGCCGGUUCUGCAUCGAACAUACAAUCUGUUCGAGAAUUUUGCGACCACAUUCGCUGCGCUGUACUUUGUUGGUGGUGUUCGCGUGACCUUUAGUACUGGUAUUGCCGCCGGUGGAAAUCUAGCCUAUUGGACUAGUUACCUAGUAACCAUGGUGUUCACCUUCAUCACUGCUGCGGUCAUUGCGGAAGUCUGUUCGGCUUCUCCAUCCGCCGGGUCGAUCUAUCUAUGGGCUGCCGAAGCUGGUGGGCCUAGAUUUGGCCGGCUCCUUGGCUUUAUCGUCGCUUGGUGGAGCACAACGGCUUGGACGACCUUCUGUGCAAGUCCGUUCCAUGACAUCUACCUCUAA